UCAGUUCUGAGAUAAGUAAGUCUUGAUUCCAAAGCUAUUUAAUGCAGACAGGUCUACUUAUAGAUCACCUUUUGCAUGAAACUAAUGUUGCAUGACAAUCCUUUUUAUAUGCAUGACUUUCAGAUAAUUUUUUUGGUAAUACUUAACUUUAACUGACAAUUAAUUAAGGCUAACAUUAUUGGUUAAACAUGACUUUCAGCAUGGAGGUUAGGCAACUUUAUUCAUGAAUAAACUCCUAUCUUCCUGCCUAAAACUGUCAACAUAUUCUUUUGUUUAUAGAGAAUGUGGUCUUUUGCAAAAUGAAAAGGUAAGAGACAAAAGCUCAGUAACACAAAUUCAAACUCUGUUCCCUUGUACCCUCCCUAGUAAAUAUAUAGACAACCGAUACAUCCGUUUGUAGAUGGAUAUGUGUUUCUUGGAGAAAUGAAGAGUUCUGUGUCUGACCUUUCUAAGGGUUAAUGGCUUGUUCUGAGAAAGAAUACUGGCAUAAUUUCCAUCUCUAAACAAUUAUUUCUUGUUUUGUUAAUGUCCCUUUCCUCCCCUUCCCUAUUCAAGGUUUGUAUGCUUAGUAUUUGUUUCUAAAAGUGUUUGACUUUGUGUAUAUGCUACAAAAGUUACUUUACUUGCAAAGACAUUGUAAAUAAAUGUACAUUUACUUCUUUUUAAAAUCUGUUGUUGGAAGGAAAAUGGUGAGUUUAUAACAUAUUCAUUUAAAGACGUACAAUUCUUUACUGGGGAAAAAAAACCCAAACAACAAAACAGCACAAACCAACGGGUAGUUACUGUGGUAUUUAAGCAUUAAAAAAAAACACUUCAUGUAUUUGGGUAACAGCCCCUGAUUCUGUAUGUUUUGCAAGUAGCUCUGCGUGAUGAAGUGCAUGCAAUUGUGUCUUACAGAGACAUAAUUGGAGUAUUACAACCUUUAGUCAAAAGAAAGUCUUGAACAGAUGCGUUUGCUAAGUAGUUACUAGGGUUAGUUUCUAAAGGGGGUGAGUGCUGAACAUGCAGGACUGUGAUAUGUAAUCUUAAAAGUAACAGCUCCGUACACUCAAAUUACUAUUUUUAGCUUUGAAAAUGAGCUUCAGGAGAUCUGGUUUUAUAUUAUGCUGUGCAACCAGAAGUCCUCUUUAAUUCACUGGAAUACAAAAUGCAUCUUUACUUUAGUCUUAAUUGAUUUUAUACUUAGGUUGGAGGAACAAUGUGUUCUUUAGUUUCUCAUUCAGGUAUUUAUAUUUUUUCCCCUUGGACAUAUUGAGACUUCCAGUUUGGAGUGGAUAGGUGGCUAUCUCGUAACGCUCCAUACCGGGGAAAUGGCUUUUUCUCCUGAUCCUUCUACCUGAGAUGCAUGCUGUGUAAAUAACAGUAUCAUGUAUGUUCAGUCUUGUUUUAGGAUGUCAGUCAAUUUGCCAACAAUGUUCUUAUUUAGAAAAUGCUGGAUUUAAAGCCAUGUCUAUGAGAAUCUACUGUUUAUUGAAGAAACUACUAAUGACUUUAAAUGUUUUUUCAUUAGAAAUGUUUGCACUGUAUCUGAAGCUUUUUCUUUAAGAAAGAAUGCUUUCUGUCUCAUAACUGCUUCUACUGUAACUUUUGAGAGGCUUGCUUAAACUUUAUUUUUGUUUUUCUCCAACUUGUUCAUGUUUCUUCAGCAGCAGCAGAAUUUCUCCUUAUAGCAUCCAUAAGUUACUAAGAAACUUAGCCUUGCGUUCUUUGUCAGGGAAAAUCUGACGAACAUAUUUUUUCUUCAAACAGAUGAAAACUUUAUUCUCAAACAUGACAGAGCGUUCCUUUUGUCAAUGGCAAACCGAGGGAAACAUACCAAUGGUUCCCAAUUUUUCAUAAACAGUGUUACAUCGUGCGCUCCAAAGAACAACAAAACCUGCUCCUCAUCUCGAUGGUGUACAUGUUGUCUUUGGACUGGUUAUUUCUGGGUUUGAGGUAAUAGAACAAAUAGAAAAUCUGAAAACCGAUACUGCAAGUAGGCCCUAUGCAGAUGUACGAGUUAUUGACUGUGGGGUGCUUGUUACAAAAUCAGCAAAAGAUGCUUUGGAGAAGAAGAAGAAAGUAUGUUCUGAGUCAGAAGCUUCAGACUCCUCCUCCAGUGCAUCAAGCUCUUCAGAAACUUCAUCUGAAAGUGAAGCAGAAAAUGAAAGAAGCAGAAGAAGAAAGCGUAAAAGAAGAGCUAAAACCAAACAAUCAAGAAAACGAAGAAAGGAAGAGAGGAAGAAAGAGGAUCCAAAGUGCAGGCGAGCCUCAAACCAAAGACGCAGCCUUUCUGACAAGAGCGAUAUAACAGAAAAAGCGGUUGAUGUUAGCACGAAGAGGGACAAACCUGUGGUACGUCCUGAAGAAAUUCCCCCAGUGCCUGAAAAUAGAUUUUUGCUGAGAAGAGAUGUGCCCGUUGUCAAUAUAGAACCUGAACCGAAGCUUCUUGAUACUACGCCAGUUCUGGCUGACCCGAAACCAUCAGUCUCUAAAUCUGGACGAAAAAUUAAAGGAAGAGGCACAAUACGAUAUCACACCCCACCUCAAUCACGAUCAUGUUCUGAAUCUGAUGAUGAGAGCAGUGAGACCCCUCCUCACUGGAAGGAGGAAAUGCAGAGAUUACGAACAUACAGACCACCUAGUGGAGAAAAGUGGAGUAAAGGCGAUAAGUUGAGUGACCCAUGUACAAGCAGAUGGGAUGAAAGAAGCGUGUCCCGGAGGUCAAGAUCAUGGUCACGUAAUGGUUAUUCUGAUCUAAGUACUGUGAGAUAUUCUAGCCACCACAAAAAGCACAGAAAAGAUAAAAAGAAGGUGAAACAUAAAAAGAAAUCCAAAAAGCAGAAGCAUUUCAAGAAGCACAAGCAAACAAAAAAGAAGAAAACGUCAGCAUCGUCAGAUGUAGAGUCUUCUCAUUCCUUUCUCAGGAGGACAAAAUCAUCUUGUAAUCAUGACAGGAAAUCUCGUUCUUCUUCAUCAUCUUCCAGACAUUCAUCCAGAAGAGACUGGUCUAAAUCUGAUAAGGAAGACCAGAGCUCAUCGACUUUGUCAAGCAGAGGGACUCGAUCAUACUACAGGUCCAGAUCUAGAUCUAAAUCAAGGUCUUAUUCCCGAAGAAGUUCUAGAUCAAGAUCAGCAUCUAAAUCAUCAUGUUCUCGAAGUAGGUCAAGGUCAAGUUCUAACCCUAGGCAUCAAAAGACAGUUUCCAAUUCUCCACAAAAUAUUUCAACACGAUUAAAUGAGAAUAAGCUUACCAAGACUGCUGAGCCUGUAAGAGCAGUUAUACUCCCAAGUGAUAAAGUUGUCGUACCACCAGUUGUCCCAGAAAACCUCCCUGUUAUACCAUUAAGUGACAGUCCACCGCCUUCAAGGUGGAAACCUGGGCAGAAACCAUGGAAGCCGUCUUAUGAGCGAAUUCAGGAAAUGAAAGCUAAAACGACACAUUUAAUACCCACACAAACUAAUUACAAUUUAGUAGCCGUUAAAGAGGCUAAUACUGCUUCCUCAUAUCAUAAGCGACAAAGGAGUUCAGAUAGUGAUCAAAGUGGUUAUUCCAAAUACCGUAGUGACAGAAGCUCAGAUAGUUGUCUGAGAUCAAGAAGCAGGUCCUCUCAAAGUAGGUCAUACUCAAGAUCUUACACGAGAUCUAGAAGUCCAUCUAGCUCUAGGACAAAAUCUCAUUCUUCUGGCAGAUCACCAUCACUGAGUAAAUACCGCAGUGACAGGUCAGGUUAUAGUGAGUCAACAUCUUACUCUUCCCUUAGUGAUGAUGAUAGACACAGAGGCAAAAGAAAAUCUGCAUCAAGUGAUCAGAAAGCUCGGCCUCUUAAACUGAGGCAAGAAACAAGCUCUGAAAGUACUAUCCCUUAUAAGCAUACGAAAGACUACGAUGAGUCUUCUCAGGGCUUGAAAGAGAGUGACAGUUCAUCAUCUUCAGACUUCUCUACUGACAGUGAGCAUUCUGCCAAAAUGAAAGUAGUCCAAGAAAAAGAAGACCAUUUUCAGUUCGAAAGAGGUACUCAGAAGCAGGACAAAAAUAGCUUAAGUUCUGAGCAAGGGGAGGAGGAACCCAAGUGCGAGCGGGAUUCUGAUGAUGCUAAAAAGAAAGCAGCUAAGGAGAAAUCUUCUGAGCAACCAAGAGGUGGUGGAAAAACUAAACAAAAAUCCUAUUCAGGUAGUAAAUGGGACUCUGAAUCAAAUUCUGAAAAAGGAGAGGCAAGACGUAAUAGGGGAGAUUCCAGACUCUCCUCUAGUAAGGAAGAAGGAGAGGCCACCUCAGGAUCUGAUACAGAGCAUAGUGUUACCAAAAGAAUAAAAAAACAAUCAAAUUCUUCAGAAGGCUUUCUGGAUUCUGAUUGUACAUGGAAGACAAGCAAGCAGUUGUCAUCUUCUGAAUCUGACAGCUCUUGUUCUAGCUCAACAAACAUUAGAGGAAAGUCAAAAAAACACAAACAUGGAUCGAAAAAAGCUCUUAAAAAAUCCCAUUCAAAAAAAGUGAAAGAAAAAUCAAAAGGGAAAAAGGAGAAGAAACACAAAGUUCAGAAAAGAAAAGAAAUGUUUCAUUGGCAGCCCCCUCUGGAGUUCGGUGAAGAAGAUGAUGAUGAGAUAAAUGAAAAGCCGGUUACCAAGGAUGAUAAAGAAAAGCAACUUACCAGGGACAUAAACUUGUUUUUUAUCCUUUAUGACAAGGAUGAAAUAGUCCAAGAUAAAAUGGGAAAUACUGAAAAGCCUUCUGUGGGUGAAAACCUUUUAAGUAAAAACACUACAUGUGGUGCCUCACCAGAUUGCAAUAACCUUAAUAAAGAUAGCAUUGAAACAAAUGCUUCAGCCAGUAUCUUAAACUCAGGAAUAAAUGUGACCGCUUGCAAGGAUGAGAUGAAACAAGCUGAAGAAAGUAACCAGAACGGAUUGGAAGAUGUUAUUGAGACAGAUGACAACAUGGAGAUUUGUACUCCAGAUCGUAAUUCACCAGGGAAGGUUGAUGUAGAUGUUUUGUCUCCUGUCAUUCUCACUGCUAAACCUCAGGCUUUAGAUGCUAGUAUAAACAAAGAUUUACAGGUUAAGACCCCUGAACAAGAUGCUGUCAAACUAGGAAACAAUGUUACAGAUUUCAUAAAUAUUAAAGAAGAAAAAGAAACAGGAAUGCAAGAAAGUAAUUCUGCUCCUGUGUCUAGUGCUAAAGACUGUAGUUUAAAAAGUGAAAUUACUGAAAAUACACAAAGCAAUAUGAUAGAUAAUAAAUGGAAGCCUUUGCAAGGUGUUGGUAACUUACAACCAACCACAAUUAGUACUGCUGCAGAAGUUAAGAACAUAGCUUCAGUGCCAGAGCCUAAACCAGCAGGUUUAAGAAUUGAAAUAAAAGCUAAAAAUAAAGUAAGGCCUGGAUCUCUGUUUGAUGAAGUUAGAAAAACAGCACGGCUAAAUCGAAGGCCAAGGAACCGAGAAAGUUCCAGUGAGGAAGAAUCUCCAAGUAGAGAUGAUAAUAGCCCAUCCAGGAGUCUCAGUAGGUCACGAAGUAAAUCUGAAUCUAAAUCCAGACACAGAACAAGGUCCAUAUCUUACAGUCACUCAAGAAGUCGCUCUCGAAGUUCUACAUCUUCGUAUCGAUCAAGAAGCUAUACAAGAAGCCGAAGCAGGGGAUGGUAUAGCAGAGAUCGGUCAAGAAGUCGGAGUAGUUCUUACCACAGUUACAAGAGCCGUAGUCGAACCUAUAGUAGAAGUAGAUCCAGAAGUAGUUCUUAUGGUCAUCAUAGUCGAUCCAGUAGGUCAUACACAUAUGAUAGUUACUACAGCAGAAGUCGAAGUAGAAGUAAAAGGAGUGACAGCUAUCGAAGAUCUAGAAGUUAUGAUAGGCGAUCCAGAUCUUACGGCUCUGACAGUGAAAGCGAUCGCAGUUACUCUAACAAUCGAAGUCCCAGUGAAAGCAGCAGAUAUAGCUGAAACCGUUUCUUUGACGACGGAAACUGUAUUUAAUAAUUUUUUCAGUGUUAUGUUAAAACUGUUUUGACAGUGUCACAAGUGAAGUUGAAGGGUGUUUACUGAGUUAGCUGAAACUUUACUAUUUAAUGGUGAACUCGCUUGACUGACUGUAUACUUAUGGAGAGGAAUACUGAACUUAACUGGGUUUUUUUAAAUUUUUUUUUUAAUAUCAACUGCUUUUACAAAAUAUGGAGGGGGGAAAAAGAAAAAAAAAAGUAUUAUUUCCCCGAAUUGGGUUUCCAAGCCAUGAAUGACAGGGGAAUUUGCUGCCACCGCUUUUCUGGGUGCAGCUAUUGGUACUGUCUUCAAGUAUGUUUAUAAACAUCUUAGGUCUUCCUGCUUGUUCCUGUUAAAUAGAUGCUAGCAACUAUAAAACUGUGAAGAAAAAAACCACAAACCUUCUAACAAAGGCUGCCAUUUCUAGUUUAUUAAAAUGCUUUUUUUAAUGCUGGAAGAUGGGUUUCUGUGAUGUCUUGUUUGUUGAUUAUUGCAUUAUAUACAGUACAUACACACAAGAGCUAGGUGAUGAAAACAAAGGCUGCCACUCUGUCUUAAUCCUUUCUGUACUGUGAUAUUUCAGAAGUCUGCUGAAAAGGGUGAGAUUACAUACAACAUGAAUUGUUAAGCUGACAAUAGUGAGCAAAAGCAUGGUGAAUUUUGCUCUUAAUAUCCAACUUGUCUAAACUUUACAUUUAAUUUUGUGAUAAAACAGCAAUAUUCUUAAGAAUCUAAGAAUUCUUGCAUUUCAUUUCAGUUCACAUUACAAUGCUUGGUGUACUUCAACACAUUUUUGAAGUUGAAUGUUGGAAACUGUUGAGUAUAUCACGAGUUUGUUCAAAACACUUUUUUAAUGAUACCUAAUGAUAAUUUUUUGAGAAAACAAACCGUAAUGGUUCCUUUAUAAGAAUGUCUGUAGAUGUAUUCCAUUUGCCAUAGGGAAUAUCAGAUACUGAUAUUGCAAAUACUGAACUAUAUAUCGUUAAAGUGAUAUAACUACAAAAAGCCUGGUAUGCCUGGUAAAAAGCAUGGACAAUACUUUCAAAGUAAAGUUCAAUACCAAAAAUGACUCUGUGUUACAGGUAAAUGGUUUGCAAAAAACCCCAUAGAUUUUAGCUGAAGAGCACUGAGCAAUUUUUGCAAUAUUCUGAUUUGAGUUGAUUUAAAAUAAUUUGUAAAGUUUUUCAGUGUUUAGAAAGUUCUGUACUAAGACACAUUUUUUUAGUGGCAUAAUGUAACCUGAAAAAUGGGGUCUGUAUUGAAAAAACAGACUAACACAGCUUUAUUAGAGCUAAUGGGUACUGUUGUAUGAUAAUAGUUUUCAUUACCGACUUUCUGUAGUAUCUUGAGAUGCUUUCAUUUUCUCAAACUUUUCAGAUAUUGAAAUUACAAAAAAAAACAACCACCUCAUCAGGACCCAACAGCUUUGAAAAUUAAAAGUGGUAAUUUCUUGCUUAGACAUUAAUUCAUACAGUCUCUUUGAUUGAAUUAAGCUAUGCAAAAUUAGCUUUUGGUACACUUCAGAAACAUGAAAAGAAAGCUCAAAGUGAAGUUUGAAGAUUGCGAUGGUGCCCUCCAUUUCUGUUCAUGAACAGCUGAGUAAGACAUUUGUAGUAAGUUCCUAAAACUGAAUUUGUCGUAUAGUUUUUUCCACUUUCGAGAAGAACCCAAAAUUCUGGGCUUACACCCUUCCUCCUCUUGAAGCUCAAUGAAAAAUUGUGUGCAUAUAAUCCUUUCAAAUCAAUAUUUUGUAAGCUUCUUAUGCUUUUCAACAUUAAGGACAUUUAUUACUUAAGUCAGUACACAUCUAUAGGCAUGUUUCUAACAGUAGCUGCCAUUUCAGAGUCCUGAACAGAUAGUGCUAACUCAUAAGAGUUUCAUAGUUUAGUUUUUUCCCUUACGGAGAAAAUAGAACUAGUGGGUUAGUGGUCUGUCAAAAUGCACAACUAUAAACAUUGUCAUUUACUUACUAGAGAAGAACUUGCUCCAGAAUCAAACUUCAUCAGAGUUGACUUUUUAAGGCCAGGAAAAGGUAAUAAAAAUACAGUCAAUCAGUUAAUUGUAAUUGUCCAAAAUUACUGUAAUGCCACUAAUGGCUAUUUCAUAUCUUGAAUUAAAGCUUUAUAAAGAAAUUCUAUCUGGUAAAUGGUUGGGGAGGGGUUUGAGGGAAGGAGGGAGGGAGUAUUUUUACUUAAUGAAGUCUGUUAAAUUGUGCUUCAGAUAGCAAACGUAUCCCUGAGCUGGUUUUCUAAUGUUGGUCUAUGUUUUUGCAAUUUUGUUAUUCAAAAGUAGUUGCUGUUUGUAAAAUAAACUUUUGUACAUAUCUGCAAA